AUGCGUUUUUGGUCGCCAUUUCAUACAUCUUCAAUUGAUAUUAUCUCUGAUGCGCCGAACAAAUUGAUAUUUCGUGCACCUGAUCGUAUUCGCCUUCAAAUGACAGUGGAUCAUUUGGAUUUCAAUCAAAAUCCGGGAACAUGUUUGACACAUUACAAUUACGAGACACGCCUAUGGGAAUGUUUUCAUUCACCACACACAACUGGCCAACAUCGUUUGUUCCUUUGGGCUUUGGAUACGGAAAAAGAUGAUCAAUGGGCAACUGCUGUUCGAUUCGAUUUUUAUAUCAAACAAAAAGGAGAUAUUAUCUAUUUUCCCAAAACGACCAACACAUUCACUAUAUUACGGUGUCAAUUAUUGAAAUCAAUCGAUGGCUGUCUCUCAAGAGAAUCUCUUCCGACUGACAUUGUCGUUCGUGUGCCUGGUGUUCGCGGCGUACAAUUACAAAUUGAUGAGCAGACAUUAAUCACUGGAAAGAAUCUUAAAAAUAGUAUUUAUAGUCUGCAAAUUCCAGCUAAUAUACCAGCUCAUGUCAAAGAUUUAGUAGUCAUGGGUUUGUGUGCCGAUGAUACGUAUUAUUCGAUACUAAUCACAUAUAAAAUCGAAUAA